AUGGCUGCCGACUCGCUCAAGGAGAACCGACUCUUUAUCAAUGGCGAAUUCGUCCCCUCAUUCUCCGGCAAAACGUUUGAUGUAAUCAACCCCACGACUGAGGAGAUCGUAGCGUCCGUCUAUGAAGCCGAUGUUGGAGACGUAGAUCGUGCUGUGGAGGCUGCCAAAGCCGCCUUUCCAGCAUGGUCAGCUCUCUCAGCAAAGGCAAGAUGCGAUUACUUGUCCAAACUGGCGGAUGUGAUUGAGAAAAGUGAGGAGCUGUUCAUUCAUUUAGAGGCUGUUACCAUGGGAAUGCCACCGUCCGGAAUGAAAUUCGAGUUAGCAACGUCAAAACAAUACCUCAAAUACUUUGCCAGCCAUGCCAUUGAUGUUACUGGAGAGACUUCUCUCAAUACUCCUGGCUACCACGAUCUGUCCACCCGUCAGCCGUACGGCGUGUGUGGAGGCAUUAUCCCUUGGAACGCUCCUUUGCUCAUGCUUGUUACCAAAAUUGGCCCGGCCCUGGCAGCCGGAAAUACCAUGGUGCUCAAGUCGUCGGAGAAAUCCCCCUUCGCAUCGAUAGUCUUCGCUUCCCUGUGCCAGAGAGUCGGUCUUCCUAAAGGCGUACUCAAUAUGCUAAGUGGAUUCGGCCGACCUUGUGGUAUGGCCAUUGCCAAACACAUGGAUAUUAAAAGCAUCUCAUUUACUGGCUCCGUCGCCACUGGCAGGGCCAUUCAGAAAGCUUCCAGUGAGUCCAAUUUGAAGGACGUUGCUCUUUAUCCUCAUUUUGCGCACCUUCAGACGCUACCGCAGUCUUUACUUCUGGGCCCUCCUAUUCUCGAACAUCGUCGGCGUGAUCCCGAUGACGACCGGGGACAUGCUUAA